UCCUGCACGGCUGAAAGCCAAGUCAGAGUAUGCGCGUCCUCUUUUUCGCCAGUUCCCCUGUCGCUUUCUCGCUCUAGAGCUUCCAUGGUUCUCUUUCUUUCUCUUCCGAAUACCCUUUUCCCUAGUUCGCCUCCUUCGCCAGUCGCCACCUUCUUCCUUUUGACCAUAUAAAAUUUUGAGGUCCCAAAGCAAUCAGCGGGAUGAAAGUUUGAACUCACUGCCGCGCAAUCUCUCUCUCUCUCUCUGAUCAAAUGCGGCGAGAUCUGUGCGUGUGAGGUGAACACACUCAAAGAUUUCUCCUCCACCCCUUCCGCUUCUUGCAUUGGUCCGCGAGGGGGAUUUCUUGAGGUGUUUUGGUCAGUUCUUGGAGUUAGCAACUGCCAUUGGGUGGUUUUGGACAGAAGAACAAGAAACAUCUUGCUGAACGUAGACAGCCAUGGAUCAAUACGAGGUGCUGGAGCAGAUCGGUAAAGGAGCAUUUGGCUCUGCUCUGCUAGUCAGGCACAAGGUGGAGAAGAAGAAGUAUGUGUUGAAAAAGAUCCGGCUUGCUCGGCAGACAGACCGCACUCGCCGAUCUGCCCACCAGGAGAUGCAGCUCAUUGCUACAGUGAGGAAUCCAUUCAUUGUAGAAUACAAGGAUUCAUGGGUGGAUAAGGGUUGCUAUGUUUGCAUUGUUAUAGGGUAUUGUGAGGGAGGGGACAUGGCUGAAGCUAUUAAAAGAUCCAACAGUACCCAAUUUUCUGAGGAGAGGCUUUGCCAGUGGCUAGUGCAGCUUCUCAUGGCCCUUGACUAUUUGCAUGCGAAUCACAUUCUUCACCGUGAUGUGAAGUGCUCCAAUAUAUUUCUCACUAGUGAUCAAAACAUAAGACUUGGUGACUUUGGGCUUGCAAAAAUAUUGACCCCUGAUGAUCUAGCGUCCUCGGUUGUAGGAACACCAAGUUAUAUGUGCCCGGAACUUCUUGCUGAUAUACCUUAUGGUACCAAAUCUGAUAUUUGGUCACUAGGAUGCUGCUUGUAUGAAAUGACUGCGUUCAAACCCGCGUUUAAAGCUUUUGAUAUGCAAGCUCUUAUUAACAAGAUUACCAAGUCGAUAGUAUCGCCUUUGCCAACAAGAUAUUCUGGUGCAUUUCGGGGACUUGUUAGGAGCAUGCUACGGAGAAGUCCAGAGCACAGGCCAAGUGCAGCUGAACUUCUGAAGCAUCCACAUCUAGAACCUUACGUGCUGCAAGUCCAUUUGAAAUCUUCCCCACCUCGCAGCAUAAUUUCUGUCCAUCAGUCUCCAAGUGACAAAAGAAUGACAUUUCCCACAGAGCCUGUUUCAAGAAGCAAGGGCAGGAGGAACUCUUUGGGUAAUGAAAGGAUAGUAACCGUUAGCAAACCUUCUCCUGAGAGAAACUCUGUUAGCUCUAUUCAAAGUACAAAGGAUUACACCACCACACAGAGUGUCAAAGAGGCAUCUGGUCAGGUUGAGGAGGUUACUAGCAAAACCUUACCAUCAAGGACCUCAAGUAUCAUGAAGACUUCGAAGAUAACUCCCUACAAGAUAAUCACAACUCUAAAGAAUCGGCUAGAACCUCCGCAAGCAUCUUACAACAGAACAAAUCGUACUGAGCUUUCAGGAGCACCAGGUUACAGAAGCGCUCGACGGGCCCUCAGAGCAUCGCUUCCAUUGCCAGUAUUCGAGACACCCAAGCGCAGCAUCAGCAUCCUGGAGGAGCUGGAAUCCCCGGAUGUCUCCGUGAAUUCACCUCGGAUCGACAGAAUUGCUGAAUUCCCACUGGCUUCACCCGAGGACCCUUUGUUCUCAGUCGGCAAGCCCUCAUCUGCCCACGGCUCAUGCUCAGCCACGCCUCCGUUCGUCGACCGGUCCAUCACCAAGGACAAGUGCACGGUGCAGACGCUCCGUGCCGCCGACGGUGACAAGGACAGGAGCGACUCCGACUCCUCUGGCCGCAACGCCACCGCCGUGGGCUCGAGGCAGCGUCGGUUCGACACGACGUCGCACGAGCAGCGCGCAGAGGCGCUGGAGGGGCUGCUCGAGUUCAGCGCGCAGCUGCUGCAGCAGGAGAGGUACGAGGAGCUGGGGAUCCUGCUGAAGCCGUUCGGCCCGGAGAAGGUGUCCCCCAGGGAGACGGCCAUCUGGCUCACCAAGAGCUUCAAGGAGACAGGCUUGUAGUUGUAGCCUCAUCUAGCCAGGUCAGUCGAGCACGGUCUCACUGAGUCGGCACGGAUUUGAGACUUAACAUCCUUUUAAUGAAAUCGGGACGUCCUCCCCUUUGUGCUUUCUUUUUUUGGUAGUUGUAGCCUCACCUUGCUUGUAGACAGCAUCACCAGCACUUCCAGGUUUGUUAUGUGCUGCAAUGUAGGCGGGACGUUAGCGUUCAGUUGGAUGCUGGGAGUGGACACCAUCUCAGUGUUGCCCCCAGUAUUGACAGCAGGAAGUAGUGAAAUACUAGGUCCUGUAAGGUUGGUUGUAACCAUCUGGUAACUCGAGAGGUAGUUUCAUUCGUCAGUGCUGA